AUGUACAUAAAACAGAUCAUCAUACAAGGCUUUAAGAGCUACAAGGACCAGACGGUCAUGGAGCCCUUUUCGCCCGGUACGAAUGUCAUCGUAGGUCGCAAUGGUUCUGGAAAGAGUAACUUUUUCGCCGCGAUACGAUUCGUCCUGAGUGACGCAUACACCCAAAUGAAUCGCGAGGAACGCCAGGCGCUACUACACGAAGGCUCAGGCUCAGCAGUUAUGUCUGCUUAUGUCGAAGUUAUCUUCGAUAAUAGUGAUGACCGAUUCCCGACCGGAAACAAGGAGGUUGUCCUACGCCGUACAAUUGGUUUAAAGAAGGACGAGUACUCGGUCGAUAAGAAAGUUUCUACCAAAGCAGAUGUCGCAAAUCUGCUCGAGGCUGCCGGAUUUUCGAGGUCGAACCCCUACUAUAUCGUACCACAGGGACGUGUCACGGCCCUCACUAAUAUGAAAGAGUCGGACCGGUUGAAUCUACUUAAGGAAGUUGCUGGAACUCAAGUCUACGAAUCCCGCCGCGCAGAGUCGCUUAAGAUCAUGACGGAAACAAAUAAUAAAAGGGAGAAGAUCGACGAACUACUAGAUUAUAUUAAGGAACGUCUUAGCGAGCUAGAGGAAGAGAAGGAGGAGUUGCGUGAUUACCAGGAUAAGGAUCGCGAGCGUAGGUGCUUAGAGUAUGCGUAUUAUCACAAGGACCAGGUCGCUACGCAGGAGGCUCUAGAAGAAUUAGAAGAAUCGCGUCAGGGGGGCAUUGAGGAUACGGACGAGAACCGCGAAGCAUAUAACUCGGGUAUGAGAGUCAUCGCUACUCUAGACGCCGAGAUACAUAAGCUCCAGCAACAGAUGGAGCUUCUUCGUAUAGACCGUCGGCAGCUUGACGAAGACCGCCGAGAAAGUGCUAAGGCGAUGGCGAACGCCGAGUUGGUCGUCAAAAGUUUAUCGGACAGCAUGUCAGCUCAAGACCAAGCCAGAUCCCAACAUGAUGCAGAGCUAGACGAAGUGAAGACGACAAUAGCGCAGAGGGAGACCGAACUAAAGAAGCUGACCCCUGAUUUUGAGAAGGCAAAACGGAAGGAGGCAGAAAUCAAGCAAGCUUUAGAUUCGGCAGAAGCUGGACGGCAGCGCCUCUUUACGAAGCAGACCAGGGGAAGUCAAUUUAAAAGCAAAGCAGAGCGGGACGCGUGGUUGCGAAAAGAAAUAGAUGAACUCAACGUAACACUGAGUCAGCAAAGGGCGAAUCGUCUCGAUGCUGAUGAAGAAGUUAAGACUAUUCAAGCUACUAUUCAACAGCUCGAGAACGAGAUUGCGGACCUACGACAUAGAAACGAAGGAUUUGGUGGUGAUCGACUAGCUCUCGCCGAAGAAGUAACCAAUGCGAAAGAUGUCCUAGACAAGCUCAACGAAGAGCGAAAACUACUCCGUCGAGAAGACGACAAGUUGGAGACAAUCAUCGCAAACGCUCAAGGCGAGUUGGCUAAUGCCGAACGGGAACUAUCUCAUACCAUGGACCGCGCUACCUCUCGAGGUAUAGCAUACAUACAACGAAUGAAACGCGAGAAUGACAUCCCGGGUGCGUACGGUACGUUAGCUGAGCUCCUGGAUGUUAACGAGGCGUACCGGUUGCCGGUAGAACAGGUCGCUGGUGCUAGUUUGUUUCACUACGUGGUCGAUAACGACGACACUGCGACAUAUCUAGCCAGUACGCUUCAGAAAAACUUCGGAGGGAGAAUCACAUUCAUGCCACUCUCCAGAUUAAAGCCACGGAUGCCGAACCUUCCAAGAGCUAACGAUGCAGUUCCGUUGCUCAGCAAGAUCAAGUACAGCGCCGAAUAUGAAAAAGCGUUUCAGCAAGUCUUCGGCAACACAAUUAUUUGUCCAAACCUCACAAUUGCCAGCCAAUACGCGCGAAGCCAUGGUGUACAUGGUGUUACUCCAGACGGAGAUACCAGUAAUAAGCGUGGUGCAAUGACGGGUGGAUAUAUCGAUACGCGAAAAUCGCGUUUAGAAGCCGUACGAGCCGUUAACAAGUGGAGGGAAGAAUACGAUCAGCUAAAGUCUAGGGCAAACGACAUACAAAAGAGAAUAGAGCAAAAGGACCAAGAGAUCACCAACGCAUUAGGCGAGGAGCGCAGACUAGCGCAGAGACUCCGACAAAUGGAAGAUGGCUAUGGACCGCUGCGAGCAGAAUUGAAUUCAAAGAAUAACCAGGUAGAUCGUGAAAGAGAUCGACUUGAAGCGGCAAUCAAACGGCGGGAUGUUGUCGAGAGGAACAUGAAGCAGUUCCAAGAUAACCUCAGCGCACAUGAAGCCGAGCUGGCUUCGGACUUUAAGAAGGUCUUGACAGCUAACGAGGAGAAACAACUUGAGAGCCUCGGUGCCACCGUUCAAGAGUUACAAAAAGAGUGGAAUGAGGUCAGCAAUAAGCGGAGAGAGCUUGAAAGUCGCAAGCGAAAACUAGAGCUGGAUCUGCGAACAAACCUCCAGCUCAAACUCGAUCAGCUCACUAGUCAAGCGUUUGAGACUGCUUCCAGUGGUACUACUAACUUGAAAGAAGCCAAGCGGGAGCUCAAGAAAGCACAAACGACGACAGCUUCAGUUCAGAGCAAGAUUAAGGUCAACGAUCAACAGAUUGAAUCCGCCGAAUCUGAGAUUGCGAGCCUAGAAAAGCAAAAGGCUGAGAAGGAAGCACAACAACAGGAGAUUGCGAGAGAGAUUAAGAAGCAAGAGAAGAGGAUGGACAAGAACAGGCAGAUGAAGGCUUUGUUGACAACAAGGGCGACAGAGCUAGCCAAGAAUAUUCGAGACCUCGGUGUCUUGCCAGAAGAAGCCUUCGAGAAAUACGAGAGGUUUGAUCAUAAGACCGUUGUCUCACGGUUAAAGAAGGUUAAUGAUGCCCUGAAGAAGUACAAGCAUGUUAACAAGAAAGCUUUUGAGCAAUACAACAGCUUUACCAACCAACAAGACCAGCUACUGAAGCGUCGCAAGGAACUUGACCAGUCACAGGCGUCAAUCGAGGAGUUAGUUGCUCACCUCGAUCAACGCAAGGAUGAGGCGAUCGAGCGAACAUUCAAGCAAGUGUCCAAAGAAUUUGCUACCAUCUUCCAACGUCUAGUGCCUGCUGGCCAUGGCCGUCUAGUGAUUCAACGCAGAGCCGACCGACGAGUCGACCCGGAAGACUCUGAUGAGGAACAGCGGAGUAGCGUAGAGAACUAUACAGGCGUCGGAAUCAGCGUCUCGUUCAACUCUAAGACCGCGGACGAGCAACAGCGCAUCCAGCAGCUCUCAGGUGGUCAAAAGAGUCUCUGCGCUCUCUGUCUCAUAUUUGCCCUCCAACAGACAGAAUCCAGCCCUAUGGUCAUCUUCGACGAGGUCGACGCCAAUCUGGACGCGCAAUACCGAACAGCUGUGGCUGGGCUCCUGCAGUCCAUAUCGGCCGAGGCGGGCACACAAUUCAUCUGCACGACGUUCCGACCGGAGAUCGUACACGUGGCCGACAGGUGCUACGGCGUGCUAUUCCGCAACAAGAACAGCACAAUUAACUGCGUGAGUACGGAGCAGGCGCUCGACUUCGUCGAAGGCCAGGCACCGAGGUAA